AUGGGAGCAACCAGCUGCCGGCAGGGGCACCGUGCCCAGGUGGCUGUUCCUCAUAAGGGUGGCAACAUCCAGGGCCUUUGGACCCAAGGCUGGAAGAGCCUCUGGUCAGGUGUGGGGACCACCAGGUCAGGUUUGGAAGACCUGUGGGGAUUAAAGGGGCAUCAGUACCUGCACAGGGAGCCCCUGGAGCCAGCCCCACUGCUAGUCGAGAAGCCUCUGUCUGAGUGGCCUGUGCCUCAGUUCAUCAAUCUCUUUCUGCCGGAGUUUCCCAUUAGGCCCCUUAGUGGGCAGCUGCAGUUAAAGAUUUUAGGCCUUGUGGCCAAAGGCUCCUUUGGAACUGUCCUCAAGGUGCUAGACUGUGGCCAGAAAGCUGUGUUUGCAAUGAAGGUGGUGUCCAAGAUCAAAGUCCUACAGAGGGACACCCUGAGGCAGUGUAAAGAAGAAAUUAGCAUUCAGCGGCGGAUCAGCCAUCCUUUUGUACACAGUUUGGGGGACAGCUGGCAGGGAAAAAGGCACCUCUUCAUUAUGUGCAGCUACUGUAGCAGAGAUCUGUACACCGUCUGGUCCACUGUGGGCUGCUUUGCUGAGGCUUCCAUUUCUCUCUUGGCUGCUGAGCUGGUCCUGGUGCUGUGCUAUCUUCAUGACUUUGGUAUCAUUCAUCGAGAUGUGAAGAUGGAGAAUAUCCUUCUGGAUGAACGAGGCCAUCUGAAACUGACAGACUUUGGUCUGUCUCGCCACCUGCCUCAGGGAGCUCGAGCCUACACCAUCUGUGGCACUCUUCAGUACAUGGCCCCAGAAGUCCUAAGGGGAGGGCCUUAUAACCAUGCUGCUGAUUGGUGGUCCCUGGGUGUGUUGCUUUUCUGUCUGGCAACUGGAAAGUUCCCAGUGGCUGCAGAGAGAGAUCAUGUGACCAUGCUGGCAAGUGUGACCCACUGUGACUAUGAGAUCCCUGCCUCUCUUAACCAGGAGCUCUCACUCCUGCUCCAUGAGCUCUUAUGCCAGAACCCUUUCCACCGUCCACGCUAUCUGCAUCAUUUCCAGUUCCACCCUUUCUUUCGGGGCGUGGCCUUUGACCCAGAGCUCCUACAGAAGCAGCCAAUGAACUUUGUUUUGGAGACUCAAGCUACCCAGCUCAGUCCGCUGGAAUCUAUGCCCUUCAAGGACUUUGACUGUGACCUGGAGACCUUCCUGGUUCACUCUAGCACUGCUUAG